AUGAAAAAAAAAUUCAAUGGCGUUCUGUACUUCUUACCUGCCUUCGAUGCUCAGCCCCCUCCAAAACUAGACGUCAUUUUUUUUGAUUCCAAACAGAAGAAGCUCCGAUUGGGGCACCCCUACUCGAUUUCUCCACUUUUAAUAUAUUGGAAGUUAGUUUUUCAUCUAUACUAUGCCCCCAUCGAAAAAGAGGUCGAAUUAAGGGGCAACUUCAUUUUCGUCAUUCAGAAGGGGCUCCCAAUAUUCCAAGAGGAAAUCGACACGGAGAAGCUCUGCUCCUAUGCGUGCAGCUUUGGGGCGUUUCAGAGCAUCGAUUGA